AUGGUGCCCAGCCCGAGGUGGGGGCGCCUGAAGCCACUCCUCUUCCUGUGCUGCGUUGCCAUCCUCCUGGGGCUGGCCCUGCUGGGCAUCUGGCCGGACACCGCCCCUGUGGCCUACUUCUUUCUCACAGGGGCUGGCCUCCUCUUGUUGGCCUGCCUUUUUGUCUGCCUGUUGGAGUGGAGGCUCUACCCAACACAGGCCGAGAGCCCAGAGACCACAGGCAGUGGUCGAGACAACGAAGGCUUUGAGGUGCCGACCUAUGAGUCAACCAUGGCGUUGGGGCCACAGUGCUGUCCUCGGGAGCCGGACGACCCACCGCCCUACAGCAUCGUGAUCCCUGUAGGACUGGAGGAGGGCGACCCAAGCCACCCCGAGGAGCCCAGGAGAGUGAGACUGGAGAGGCGAGGGGGCUCAGAGGGGUCCAUAACCCAGGGAGAAGACCCCAGAAGGGCCCCAGCCAGCCUGCGACUUCGCGGACCACGGGCCGUAUCGACUGAGCCUGACCUGCGUAGCUUGGCAUUGGCUCCCCAGAUGGAACCUCUUACUCCUCCCCCAGCCUACGAGGCCAGCCUAGGUUACCCGGAUGACGGCAGUGUUUUCUACGAGGACAACUGGACCCCACCCUAA